AUGGAUGACGCAGAACUAGAACAGAUCAGAAAGGCUCGGCUCGAGCAGCUCAAGACGCAAGGUGGCGGGGCAGGCAAGCAGGGCGGCGGCGGCGGCCAGGAUCAAGCUCAGCAGAAGAGACAACAAGAAGCCGAAGCGCGACAGUCCAUCCUGAACCAGAUACUGCACCCCGAAGCCGCCGAUCGCCUGGGCCGCAUCCGGCUUGUGAAGGAGGAGCGCGCGACCGACGUCGAGAACCGCCUGAUCAUGCUGGCGCAGAGCGGGCAGCUGCGACAGAAGGUCACCGAAGACCAGCUCAAGGAACUACUGAAUGCGGUCGCCGACAACAAGGAGCAGGAGAAGAUUGUCGUGAACAGGCGCAAGAACUGGGAUGAUGAGGACGAUGACCUGGACCUAUGA